AUGUCUGGUGAGCCAGAUCGUUCCCGUCUCUCACUGCCACUGAAGAGUAUUACUGCAAGGGAUGAUGGUAAUGCGUCGGAAGGUAUGAGUUCAAAGCCGAUGCAGCAGAAGCUUAUGAAAAGUUUGAGCACUCCAGCAGAUUACUUCAUUCCUUCAUCAGUGGACAUACAGUUUCUUUCAUCAUCUUCUAAUUCGUUAAAGGAAUCCGGAAAUUACCGACCUUUAAGUCGUGCACAAAGUAUUCGAGACACGAUAUCAAACGGGACAGCAAAGUUUUUCGGAGUUCCAUCGUCAGAAAAUUGUCAGUCAUCAGCUGAUGGACUUGUCGAUCAGAAAUGGAGUUGCCGUCGACUACGGUUUAUCUGUAAACAUUAUGGGAAUCCUAAAGAAGAUAUAUUAACCAGAGAAUUAAGGCCACAAAUUCUGGAUGAUCUGAGCGAUGUUCCAUCACCAUCAAAGAGUAUUACACCUCAGAGCGAAAUACGUGAUGCUGUAUUUAUGCCCCCUGCGGUUGAUACUGCUGAAAUAUUUUCUAGAAGCAAAUCGGUAGAAAGCCGUACAAGCCGGCUUACUCAGCAACACUUGGAACGACGUGACAGUGUUAUGAAAAUGGUUUGCGAUAGGAUUUGUUCAGUAGUACAGAGAGGGACGUUAAAACCAAAAAAGGCUUGUGCUGCGGUGAAACGAGUGUCUGGCAGUUUUGCACCAUUUUCCAUUCAGCAAACUGGGAACAUUACCAGUAUCAGAAUUGGACCGACUGCGGACACCUUCGUUGCAAAAAGUAUGCCUACAGUUCCGGAAGUUGAAUUUGAAAGUCAUAAAUUUGUGAAUACAACGGGUGAUCCUAAAAAGCAGAAUGAAAAAGAAAUUGAAGUAUAUUUACCUAAAAAGAAUCGCACAGCAAUUCAUUUUCUGUCAGACGUAGAAGCUGUUGCACAUGUUGCACUUUCUAAGGAAGUUAUUGGUCAGACAAAACCUCUAUUGUCUUCAGAGUUAGCAAAAUAUAAUACAUCUAUAAUUCCUGUUGUGAGAACACAAGUUCAAGAACCUAUUAUUGAACAUGAAGCGGAUUCUUUACCGUUAUCAAGUAUAGAGUCUAUACAGGACGAAGUAUUCUUUGAUUAUGCUUCACCGACAGUUUUAUCGGAUAUUUCCGAUACCGAACGAGAAGAGCAAACGAAUUCCUUGCGAAUGCAUCGUUGUCAAGGAAUGCGUGACGAGAAAUUUCCAUCUGUGAUAAAAUAUAAAAAGUUUUAUUCCGAAGACGAUCCAGUGGAAGACGAUGGAAAUGUACAUGAAAGAACACGCAAAAUCGAUGGGCCUCAAGUGCGGGAAAUACAGCUACAAUGUUCGAGAGAGGAGAAAUCAGCAGCGUCUACAUCAUUGCGCAAUGCUUUUUCGAGUCCGAAAGAAUGGUUGCAAUGCAUUCAAGCUGUUGAUGAGAAAAAGACGAAGGGAACUGUAGAAACAUUUAGAAAUGUGCGAAGAAGAUUGCUGUUGGAUAUACACAAUGAGCUGAAAUCAAAAAAGUAUUGUGUUUCGCAUCGUCAGCGUUUUGGAGGUGGUUAUGGAAUAUGGCGAAAAUAUUUUCAACGAAGCUAUAAGAAGGAUGUUUAUCAGCUGAAUGAAGAUACUUACAUUGAUUGCAGGCCUUUCUUUACUUAUUGGAUCACGACAGUUCAAAUACUCGUUACUGUAAUUAGUUUGUACACUUAUGGAAUUGGUCCUUGGGGAUUCGGUCUUACAGAAAAAACAGCUGAUGUGCUGCAUACCACUGUUACUUUGAAAAGAGUCAGUAUUUAUGUGCAGCAGAAUAUUUGGCUUGGACCGAAAUUUGCUGAUUUGGUACAUCUGGGUGCCAAAUUUACGCCUUGUAUGCGUAAAGAUCGAAGAAUUUUUGAACAAAUUGAAGCUGAUCAAAAGGAAGAAAAUGAAACCGGCUGUUGUAUUUAUAAUGAUGGUACUGGUUGCUUCCAAACUGGACAAACUACUUGCCCAUCAUUGAUAGCCACAUUAGCAAGGUGGAAGAAAGGCAGUCUGGGUCCAGAAGGUCGUGUAUCGGGCGCUGUUUGUGGUCAAGAUCCGAGAUAUUGCGAGGAUCCAGUUUCCGUGAAGCCGUAUGAAUGGCCGGAUGAUAUGACGCAGUGGCCUUUACAUGGACAAUGUCGUAUAACUACCAGAGAUUAUUGCGAUUUUGUGGAAGGAUAUUUUCAUGAAAAUGCAACACUUUGUUCACAGGUAUCAUGUUUGGGUGAAAUAUGUGGAAUGCUUCCAUUUUUGCGAAAAAAUCAGCCAGAUCAGUGGUAUCGUCUGUUUAUACCACUUUUCCUACAUGCAGGGAUAAUUCAUUGUAUUUUAACAGUUUUUAUUCAAAUUCUAUACAUGAGAGAUUUGGAAAAAUUGCUUGGAUGGGCACGCAUAGCACUUCUUUAUAUGGUAUCUGGUAUUGGUGGGUAUUUGGCGAGUGCAAUUUUUGUUCCUUAUAAGCCAGAAGUUGGUCCAGCAGGAUCACAUAUUGGAAUGUUUGCCACGAUGUAUGUCGAUGUGCUUUAUAGCUGGAAUCUCCUGGAAAGACCUUGGCAAGCAGUAAUGCAGCUGAGUUUAUUUACUCUAGCGCUUUUUGCUCUAGGAACAUUGCCAUGGAUUGAUAAUUGGGCACAUUUGUUCGGCUUCAUCUUCGGAAUUUUGAUAUCUUUAGCUGUACUUCCGUAUAUUCAAACAAAGCGUCAUAAUCGUGCGCAACGACUAAUAAUUGUGGUCACAUCACUUUCCACUGCACUUGGUUUAUUCAUCGUUCUAUUGGCUAUCUUUUAUUGGUCAUCCGGUUUCAGUUGCGUGUAUUGCGAAUAUUUCAAUUGCAUACCCUAUACCGACCAUUUCUGUGAUAACCAAGGAUUAAGAUUAAAGAAUUGGUUACCAAUAUGA